AAAUAAGGAAGUGGGCUGUUGCUCAUUAAAGAUUGUGGACCAUGGACACAGUUAGCUAGCGAGGCUAAUCUUUAAUCUUUCCAUUCAUGCAUUAGAAGAAAUAACAGUUUAUCUAUUGAGACUUUCGCACAGCACACCACAAUGGUUGACGACUUCGAGGGACAGGAGGUCCGGUCCAGCGGGGAGCUGUGGUCCGAAAUCUGCUCCAGUCUGCCGGAGGGGCGAGCUGAAGCGGCUCCAGAGAACAACCCGGAGUUCAAAGACUCAUUCCAGCCAGCAGCACAAGUCGGAACCCAAAUCAAUGGACAGUCAAACGGGACAAAUACUAGUUCUUCUGGUGCCAAAUGGGAACCCAUGGAGGAUUCUGAGAUCUACAUAGCCAGCUUAGAGAACCGCCUGAAGAAACUAAAGGGCCAGUCCAGUGAUGUGACCUCCAGGGACAUGUUGCGCUCGUUGUCUCAAGCUAAGAAAGAAUGCUGGGAUAGAUUUCUGCACGACGCCCAGACCUCAGAGCUUUUCCAAGGCGGUGAUAUGGAUGAGAGUGCUCUUGAACACUUUAAGAGGUGGUUGAUUCCUGAGAAGGUGGCCAUCAGCGCAGAGGAGCUGGAAUAUCUCCUGAGGCCGUCUCAGAGCAAGGAAGCAGCUGAACCCAACCAGACAGAGAACGAGGAGGACACGGACGGAGAGAGACACAACCCCGAGGAAGAUGAUACUCACAGCCCGGAGAAAUGAGUGGGUUUAAAAUAGUCACACUAAAAGAAGAACUCAUUUGGCGCACAUUGAGUAAGGGUGACUUGUUACCGCCAUGCUCAUUUUGAGCUGCAUUAUCUCAUGGCAGUGUUUUGGCCAAAGCUUUUGUUAACAGUGGUCAAAGAGGCAAUUAUAGCCCAUCAUCAUCCUCUGUAUCCCCAGCAACUGAGUGUUAAGUACUUAUUCAGUCACACAUGUUUUGUCCUUGCUAUUCAUCCCUUCAAACAAAUCACACCAUAAAAAUAUAUAAUGAAGAAUUUGAAAUUAGACUUGUUUGUCCUGUUGCAGUAGAACUUACAUGUAAUCUGUGUAGUGACUACAGUAUCUGUUACAAGAAUGGCCCUCUACUUUCAAUACAAAUGCAAAGACUAAUGCUAAGACCACAGUCUCAUGUUGUAAAUUAGACUCUGAUGAUGUACGCUGUUAAUUAUCCUGCAGAGACAUUAUUUUUCUGUAAUCAAACAUUUUUUCUGACGGACCUCUAGAGUAAGAAUAUAUUCCUGAAAAUACUGUAACAUAUUGUGUAACAUCUUUAUGUUUACCAUGUUGAUUUUACAUGUGAAGUUUUACCCAUGUUUCAAUAAAAAACAAGUAGAAUUGA